ACCAGGGAGGUACUGCCAUGGGGCUCUGCCCGCACUCGUUCCCGUAGGACCCGAAAACCGUCCCGCGCGCCCACGAAUACUGUGAUUGAGUUAUGAAUAUUCUUUCUGUGUUAAAAACAAAAUCAUCGACGUGUAUGUGACCAGGAGUGAAUUAUUUGCCAGGAAUUAAUACGAGUGAGGAUUUUCGCACAAUGGAACAUCGCACACGAUCUCGUCUGCGGUCGUGGCUGCUGAUCGUGUCAUUAACGGUGAUUCUACAACACUCGCAAGGACAAUGUCCAUGGAAGGACAUGCCCGCCUUGCAAGUGACCUGCAUUUGUGCCUUCAAUCUCGCGAGACAACUGUCCAUACAAUGCGAUCAGGUGGAUUUCUCGACGUUACUUUCAGCACUGAAUUCUAAUGCUCAGCAAAUUUCUAUUGAAUUACUUUACAUAAAUAACUCGACGAUACCCACUUUGACGAAUGAAAUGUUUGCUAACUUAGCAAUACAUAACUUACAAAUAUCAGGAUGUCAGAUGGCACGGAUCGAGGACAACGCUUUUAGAGGUCAAGGUCAAUAUUUAAAGAAUUUGAAUUUGCAAGACAAUGAACUAACGGAGGUGCCGGUAAAAGCAUUCAGAGUAUUGAAAAGUUUGUCUCUGCUAGACAUUUCCAAAAAUCGUAUAACUUGGAUUGGAAAUUAUUCAUUUGCUACUCUACAGGAGCUGACCACAUUAAAAUUGUCAGAUAAUAAUGUGACUUUAGAAAGUGGAGCCCUUUUGGGCUUGGAAAAUUCUCUGAAAAAUCUAAAUCUUAAAGGUACAAGACAGAAAAGAGUUCCAGAAUGUAUAAGAGGGCUUAGAUAUUUGGCUUUCCUAGAUCUGUCUCAAAACAGCAUCCGCGAAUUACCCGGUCCAGAUGAGGAAAAAACAUUCGAAGGACUGGAGUCCUUAACAGCACUAAAUUUGGAAAGAAAUUUACUAGUGAAUUUAAGAAGAGACGCUUUUGCGGGUAUAAAGAAUACCCUAAGUUCUUUGAGUCUCCUAAACAACCUACUCCCAGAGUUUCCGACCGAAGCUCUAUCUAUAUUGACGGAACUAAGAGUUUUAGACAUUGGUUUCAAUUUGUUGAAUAGGCUACCAACUAAUGCAUUUGUAAAUAAUCCUUCCAUCACUUUACUGGCACUCGACGGAAAUCCCAUACCGACUGUACCAGAAAAGGCCUUAGCUCAUUUAAACCACACACUAAGAGGUCUGAGUUUAGGCGGCAGAUUCCUAAAUUGUGACUGCCGUUUACGGUGGAUAAUUGAAUGGAUUCGAAACGGCGAACUGCAAGUUACCUCUCGUGAAAGAAACCCACAAUUUUGCGGUAAUCCACCACACUUCCGCGAACGAGGUUUUUACAGUUUCGAGCCAAAUGAAUUGGUGUGUGAUUCUGAAACAAACGAAGAAGUAGAAACAACAUCUCAAGAAAAUAAAAUCACAGAACUAAGUCAGACUCAAACGCCUUCGACGUCAACAACACAAAGCACCACAACAAAAAGUACUACGACAUCAACCACUACUACGACAAUGAACACCAGUCAAUCUUCUACAGCAUUUAAAUCUUCCUCUACACAAGCUCCGAGUACUACAACCAAAGCAAAUCGAAAUCCUUCUGUACGGCCCGCAGCACCAACCUGGCGACAUUCUCCGAAUCAAAGACCUCCCAUUGUUAUGAGUUAUCCUCAUCAGAAAAUAAAGGAAGAUGAUUCCAACGAGGUCAUAGUUAAGAAUGCGUAUAGACAAGAUAACUCAGUCAUAAUUCAGUGGGAUUCUGAUGUUGCUAAUAUUCUUGGAUUUCGAGUGGUAUAUCGAUUAUUUGGUGACAAAAGUUUUAAACAAGGACCGCCAUUGGAAGCAAGUGAAAGAGAAUUUAAGAUUAAAAACGUUCCAUCCCAGGAAUGUAUCGUCGUUUGCGUGAUUUCUUUGGAAGAAAUUCACGUAAGUCCGGAAACGGUACCAUAUUCACAGUGUCGUGAAGUUCGUACUGUUUCGGCUGCUGCAACUAACAUGGACAAGAUAACAAUAGCAGCAAGUGCAGCGAUUUGUGGGACCAUAGUCGUGGCAGUACUGGUGUUCGCCGCCGCUUCCCGUCGCCGAUCGAGGACUAUACACCGUCUACAUUCACAGCUGCCCGAGAAACUACCCAAUACGUGCUGCGGGGGACUCACCGGCACACCCAGUCCUACUGGGCCGCUAUCGUCGUUAGCGACGAUCGGCGCUUUUGGAAAGCAGCGUGAGUGGGAUCAAGUGUCGGCUUAUAGUGCACGUUCGAUCCCUCGAGCACGUUCCUAUACUGAACAGGCAGCUCCUGAACCUUUACCCGGUCGUCCGGGCAGGGCUCGAUCCCUUGCCGAUGGACAGUCUCAACAUAGCUAUACAGGACGCUACGGCGCCCCUGGUUACCCAGGAAGUCUAUUAGGUUCUAGAACUGAUCUUCGACAUUCAAGACAAUCUUUGGGAGCCGCAUCGGAGAGGGCAUCCCGUUUAUCUCUAAGCGGAGCCGCCGGUGGCGCCACCAGCGGACCGGGAUCCCGGCGGCGACCGCGAUCACGAUCGCGCCCGGCGAGCCGCUACAGCGUGGGAUCAAUAGGAUUAGGAUAUUGUGAUACAUCGGACAACUGGACCGACCACGACAUGGAUAUUUAUAUGGCCCGCAACCCCACCACGCGGGGAGGCCUGGUACCCUUAUAGCGUGCGAGAGACGCGGCGUGUGGAAAGAUAAUGUGGUGCACGCAUCGCACCAAAUGUUGCCACCCACGCUCUCGCCGGAACAGGCGUAGGACUCGGAAGCAUUCAGUGGACAGUAAAUUGGAGCCACUUCAGUGUGAGGACGAUGAACUACAUAUUAGAUAAUAUGGAGUUUUGCUCACCUAUCAUAUACCUAGUGUUGGGUGUAAGGCAAAACACUUGCUACUAAAGAAUGAUCGACUGUUAGUAUAGUGAGCUCAACAAAUGGUGCAAUUAUUUUAAUGUAUUAAGCAGCUAUGCACUCAUAUGUUAAUUCGAAAAUUAUUAUAACAUUUUUAGUUUUAUGC